AUGUGGGGCCAACAUCUCCUUGCAGCAUUCCUGCUGCUCGGCAACGCUGCGUUCUGCGCAGCGAAGCAGCCAGCGCACGCCAGUCGCUUUAGCGAUCCAGUUAGCGAAACUGCGUUGUCUCACGCCCCCAAAGCCAACGAACCCCCAGUGAACAAUUUAUCAAUGGGAAAUCCAGAAGCUCAACUUGUUGCGCUCGUCAGCGCUGCCACUGGUGCAAUCGAAGAUGAUGAGGCAGGCGCCGUGAUUUCUCUAGAGGUCACGGCCUCCCAAAUAAAGGGCGCUCUAGCAGCAGCUCAGAAGGAGGAAGCUGGAGAAGCCUCUCCCUCAGGCGCCUCCUCAUCCGCCAUCCGAGGGCGCAAGAUGAUGCUCUUCGGUGUGGUGUUGCUGAUAGUCGGUAUCACCUUGUCUAUGGCAGCUUCACGUCCCCGCCCUCUGGCUCGCACACAGACUUCAUCUAUGGAGGAAACGCUGCAGACCACAUUGGAUUUGAUGGACAAGCUGGGGGUUAAGUCUGCAUCGAAGUUGGCCGUCGGUUGCAUCAUCGCAGGUUUGGUGGAGUGGUUCCGCAGCAUUUACGGUAACCAAAACAACGCCUCACAGUCAGGAGAGGGAACGAAACCCGCAUUAAAAGGCCGUCUACUAGCGGUGCUCGGUGUUGCAGCACUCGUGGCAUCUCUCGCAUUCGCAGGGAUAGACUUCUCAACUCUGGAUGUAAGCGAACUGAUAAAGGUAAUUCUAGAGUUCAUCUCCAAGGCACACAUCGGGCUUUUCAUGGCAGGAGGUGUGGCAUUUCUGAAGAGCGCCUACGAGGUACUGGAGCACUACAAGAAGCUGCAGCAACAGCAGCAGCAGCAGCAGCAGGGUGACGGUGUCCAGCCACUUCCAGAGAGCCAACCCGGAUCAGGUGUAGAAGGAGAGGGUUCGAUUGCAGAAGGCAACGAUAACCAGGGAGAUAAUGGAGAUAAUAAACCAUCGGAUUCCCCUGCGGGAGAGUCUGGACCUGCAGAUGACUCUACUGGAGCAGCACAGGAUGAACCGGCAGCAGGUGCAGAAGGAGGAGAACAACAAGACACAUCCAACGCCACAGAGGAUGUCCCUGAUGCAGAGAGUGGAACCGCACCUCCAGCGGAGGAUGUAAACACCCCCGAAGAUUCCAAGGACCAAGAAGGAGGAGAACAAGCGGGGCCCGACCAGGGAGCCACAGAGGAGGUUCCUGAUGCAGGGAAUGAAGCCGCAGAUCCUGUCGAAGACGUUGCUGCCCCCGAGGAGAGCACGGAGCAAGAAGCAGGUGAACCAGUAAAACCCGAGGAGGACGAGGCUAAAGAGGAGAUUUCUGAUGCAGAGAGUGAACCAGAAAGCACUGGUGAAGAUGUUGCUGCCCCCGAGGAGGUCACGGACAAAGAACAGGAAGGCGAGCAAGUGAAUCCCGAUGAGGGUGUAGCCAAAGACGAGGUUUCAGACGCAGAGAGUGGCACGGAAGGGGCUUCUGACGAUGAAGCUGCCCCCGAAGAGGAAACUGACAAAGAACAAGAAGGGGAGCAAGUGAAACCAGAUGAGGGUGUGGCCAAAGACGAGGUUUCCGAUGCAGAAACUGGAGCUGAAAGUGCUCCUGAGGAUGCCGGUGCCACAGAAGGGGUCACGGAGCAAGAACCAGAGGCAGGGGAGCAAUGGAACGGAAGGAGCUGCUGA